UGGGGAGGUCAGCGCCAGUGCCUCUCACCCCAGAGUAUAUAAGAGCCGCAACACGCCUCCUGAAGCACUCACUCUCCUCUCCCACACUCCCCGCAGAUAUGAAGCUCAUCGUGUUCGCAGCCCUGGUCGGCGUGUGUCUGGGGGCCAAGCUACCUGGUCACGUAGAUGGCCACCACGAUGAUCACCACCACGAGCACCACGACGCUGGCUUCGUACACCAAGGGGACUUCCACCACGACACUGGCUUCGUAAACCACGACCAACCUCCCGUAGCUAUCCUGUUCGACGACCGCCAGGCUCCAGCAGGCGGCUCCUACGCUACCAACUUUGAGACCGAGGAUGGCGUGAGGGUGACAGAAAACGGACAGCCUGGAUCAGCGGGCCAGAGCAACGUAGAGGGAUCUUAUUCCUUCACUGACCCUGACGGCAACCUGGUGGAGGUGCGCUACGUGGCUGACGAGUUCGGCUUCCGCGCUGAGAGCCCCUACGUGCCCACGCCCCACCCCCUCCCCGCCCACGCCCUGCAGCAGAUCGCCUAUGCGGAAGAGCUGAGGAGACUUCGUGAGCAGAACGGCGAGCCACAGUUCUCUUAAUUCCUAGGUGUUCUUUCUUACCUGCUGUACCUGUUGUUGUUCUCUCCCCUACAAUACCUAUACAUCUGUUCUCAAGAUGUUAUGAUUAGCUCCAAACAGCCUCGUCAGGACCAAUAAGUCUGCUGCUGUUUGUUCUAUGUGAUCCUUGGUGUUUUUAAUAAAUGCCUCACUUUCUGGCCUCCUCCUCCUCCUCCUCCUCUUCCUCUUCCUCCUCCUCUUCCUGCCACGUCAAAGUUCCUUCCAAGUGGUCAUGAUAGUGGUGUAUGUAUAAAUAAACAGUCUAUUCCUCCUGGCAGUCACGUGCAUCCUCUGAGGGCAGGAAGAGGUAGUGGGAGAUAGGGAGGAGCGGCGCCCAUGCACAUACCACACCCACCUUAGUCAACCAAACCCUAUUAGUCUCCCUAUUAGUGUGGGUGGUUAGUUUGAUUGUACACCCCUUCAUGUAUUCGUGUCGAUGAUUCCAACUUGAGCACCAAUUAUCCAUUUAUCCACUUAUCCACCACACCGCACAGCACCUUAUCCCUAUAGACAUGUGGAUUGACUUCAAGACACGACCACUACUGCACGUAUCCACUGCACCACCACAUUCACCCAAUCCACUUCUUCUUAUCUGUAGGUGGACAGUUUCCUUUUACUGUGAAUCUAUGUGGAUGAUUUCAGACUAAAAUAAGAUCCACUACAACACCACCACCACUACUACUACUACCACCACUACCACCACCACCACACCCACAUUUAUCCUAGACACGACCACUUAGCCAGCUCACUACCUACAUCCACAUACCCACCCACACCCCAUCCACCUUAUACAAUCAAAUAAUAACACAGGAAAAAAAUAUUAUAAUGAAAAAUAAAAGUUCUAAAAAAUAAA